AUGUGUGAUAGGCACAAAGAAUUGGUGGCUUUGGGGCAGGAGUUAGGCUAUGAGGGAGGUGAGUUAAGGGAGUUUGUUAAAGGUCAACAAGCUGCGGAGCGAGAUGAAAGGCACGAAAGAGCUGAAGCUAGGAAAUUAGAAUUAGAAGCAGAGGAGAAGAAAAACUUAAGACAGUAUGAACUACAAAAAAUUAAAUUAAGUUCUCCUAGUUCUUUAGGGUUGGAGGGGACUUCCAUUGUGGAGACAGAUAGGUUUGGGUGGACAACGGUACUCAAGUUGGUUCCAAAAUUCAGUGAAAGUGAGGUAUUAAAAUAUUUCCAGUCAUUUGAAAAGCUCAUGAAACGGGUAGAGUGUCCUAAAGAGUAUUAUUGUUUGUUGUUGCAGUCUGUUCUCACAGGUAAAGCCCAAGAAGUUUAUUCUUGUCUUUCAGACGAACAGUGUGCUAAUUACGAGACGGUAAAGAAAAUUAUACUGAAAGCUUAUAAGCAAGUACCAGAGACCUAUCGAUUAAAAUUUAGGCAUUUUAGAAAAAAUAGUAGCAUGACGUUCAUAGAGUUUGCUAGGUGCAAACAACAGUAUUUUAAUGAGUGGUGUAACUCCAUGGAAGUAAGUACGUUAGAGGACCUAAAGGAGCUAAUCUUGACAGAGGAUUUUAAAAAUAACAUUCCAGCAGAGAUGAAAUUAUAUAUUGAAGAGGGUCAGGUAAACAAGUUCACAAGGAUAGCUGAAUUAGCAGAUGAGUUUGCUUUGACCCAUCAAUUUAGUAAAGAAUGGCAGGAUAAGAAAAUACAUCCUAAAACUUUUGAAACUAAAGGGAACCGUCAAUUAAGUGGGGAACCUGUACGCAACUCUCAAUUGAAAACUACCAAGCAUCUAAGUGACAUGAAAUGUUUUUUUUGUGAAAAGAAAGGUCACAUUAUAAAAGACUGCUUCAAGCAUAAAACUUAUUUGACCAAUCAAAAGAAACCGGUUAAUUUAGUUAGUUCAGGAAGUGACUCCGUACUUCAGAUGGAUGAAUGGAAAAAUACUAUUAAAAGCUUUGGUAAUUACUUAUCUAAAGGUAGUUUAGCUGUAAGUGAAUCUGGUAUUAGGAAACCAGUUACAAUAUUAAGGGAUACGGGUGCGGCCAUAUCAGUUGUCCUCAAGUCUUCCCUACCCGAUGAUCCGGUUACUGGGGAUGAGUUAGUCUUGAUUGGGGGGUUUCCUGAUGCUUGCAUUGCUUGCCCUUUUCUAACAAUUUAUUUAGACACAGAUUACGUUUCGGGUCUAGUUAAGGUCGCGGUGACAGAUACAUUACCUGUCAAAGGGGUUGAUAUCCUAUUAGGAAAUGAUUUAGGAAAAGAAAGUUGCCUUGUGAAUCCUAUUGUAAUGAAAACUCCUACACCUGAAGCUGAAGUAGCAGUCGUAACUAGAUCUGGAUUUGUUACUGAUUCUGAUAAUUAUGAUUUAGCUCAGAGGGAUGAUGUAAGUUUAAAACAUAUCUUUGAGAGAUGUGAAGAAGGCUCAGGAAAUGAUGAUUAUGUUAAGGAAAAGUUCAUUUUGAAGAAUAACUUGUUACAUAGAUUGUCACGACCGAUUUUCGCUAAUAGUAAUGAAGUAAUUGACCAGGUAGUGAUUCCCUUUAAAUUACGACCGAAAAUGAUAAGUUUGGCUCACGACAAUAUAAUGAGCGGUCACUUAGGCGUAAACAAAACUUUUAAGAAAAUUUAUGACUCAUUCUAUUGGCCAUCGUUGAGGAGGGAUGUGAAGAACUUCGUAAAUUCCUGUCACAAGUGUCAGAUGGCAGGAAAACUUAACAAACCAAUUCCUAAAGCACCUUUAAUUAAUAUCCCGGUUACUGGAGAGCCGUUUGAGCACAUAGUAAUAGAUAUUGUGGGACCCUUACCGAGAAGUAAGAGGGGAAACUGCUAUAUACUCUCAAUUGUUGAUAGAAUGUCACGAUUCCCAGAAGCAAUUCCCAUUCGGAACGCUAAAGCUAAGGCACUAGUGCAACAUCUCAUCGCAUAUUUUACUAGAUUUGGGUUGCCUAAAACACUUCAGUCUGACAAUGGGAGAAAUUUUACAGGCAAGUUUUUCAAGGACCAGAUGAGAAACUUCGGUAUAAAGCACAUUACCUCUACCCCUUAUCAUCCCGAAAGUCAGGGUGUCAUUGAAAGAUUCCACCAGACCUUGAAACACAUUCUUAGGAAGUUAUGUAGUGGUGAAGAUAAUCUUUGGGAUGUCAUGUUGCCCUAUGCUUUGUUUGCUUUGAGACAAGCACCAAGUGAAACAUUAGGUCUUUCGCCUUUUGAUUUGGUGUUUGGACAUAAAGUGAGGGGUUCUGUAGAGGUUUUGAGAGAAACUUGGGAUGAUGAGAAAACAGAAGUUUAUGUUGCAGACAAAAUUGAUAAUUUUAAAACUAAGUUAUUUAGAGCUUGGGAUUUAGCUAGAGAAAACCAGGCAAGUGCUCAUCAGAAAAAUAAAAUAGUGUACGACAGGAAAGCAAAGUCUCGGGUCUUUGAGAAAGGCGAUUUAGUAUUAGCGCUUUUUCCGAAGGAGGGAAAUUCACUUAAGUAUAAGUUUAGUGGUCCUUAUAAGGUCCUGGAUAAAAAGGGAGAUACAAAAGAUGUAAAAAGAAUAAUUUCAAAGUAUCCUAAAGUAGUAAGGGAUGAACCAGGUCUUACUCAUUUAAUUGAACAUUAUGUUGAACUGACUGAUACAACCCCUAUUAGACAGCAUCCUUACCGACUGAAUCCAUUAAAAGCUGAAAUACUAAAAGGCUUACAUGAUGGAGCCUGA